CCGCGUUUCUUCUCUCUCUAUAAAUACCGUUAACAGUCUUACAAUUUCAAGUUCACAACUCUCCAAAAACUCGAUUACCUGCAUUUCUCUCUUCUCUAGAGCUUCUCUCUCAAAUGACAAAAGGAAUGAGGAGCAUCUGCUUUAACCCGAAAACGCCGUCGUUUUCUAUCUCCCCUCGUUCUUCAACUUCGAGAGCUUCUCUCUCAACUCCUCGCCGCAGCUUCUCUGAAUCCAUGAUGGGACAAAUCAUAGAAACUGCCUCUUCCAUGAUCAUGAAAUGGAACCCUGAAACUUCCACCUAUGCUAGUGUCACCUCUCUGUUUUACGAGGAUAAACGAGAGGCUAUGCAGUUCUUGAAGUGUGUUACUGACCUGCAAAAAGCCAUGCAUUUGUUAGUCUCUGAAGGUUCCACCGAUGGUAGAAUGGUACGAGCUCAAAAUCUUAUGCAGAUAGCCAUGAAGCGACUGCAAAAGGAGUUUUAUCAAAUUCUUUCCACCAAUCGGGCUUACCUGGAUCCUGAAUCUGUCUCCACUAGAUCCUCUCGUGCUUCUGCAAGAUCCAGCACCUCCGAUUAUGAAGAUGAAGGUUCAGCGGAGGAUGAAAUUCGCGCUGCGGGUGAUUCCAUCUCUGAAGUUGAACAUUUUUCCUCAAUAGCAAUGGCGGAUUUGAGGUCCAUUGCUGAGUGCAUGAUCGCCUCUGGAUACGCCAAAGAGUGCGUGAAUGUUUACAAAAUUAUACGAAAAUCGAUCAUCGACGAAGGCAUUUAUCGGCUAGGUGUGGAGAGAAUGAGCUCAUCGCAGGUCAAUAAGAUGGAUUGGGCGGCGGUAGAUUUGAGAAUAAAGAGUUGGUCAGAUGCAGUUAAGAUCUCCAUGAGAACGCUCUUCACCGGAGAGAGAAUUCUCUGUGACCACGUCUUUGCUGUUUCCGAUUCCAUCAGAGAGUCAUGUUUCAGUGAAAUAUCCAGAGAAGGAGCUAUUCUUCUCUUUGGAAUUCCUGAACUUUUAGCCAAAACAAAGAAAUCGUCAACGGAGAAAAUGUUUCGUGUGCUCGAUAUGUACACCGCAAUAUCUGAAAAUUGGGUGGAGAUAGAAUCCAUCUUCUCUUUUGAGUUAACCUCCAUCGUCCGAUCACAGGCUCUCAAUUCACUCGUUCGACUCAGUGAUUCCAUUCUUACAAUGCUCUCCGAUUUCGAAUCUAGCAUCCAAAAGGACUCGUCAAGGACACCGGUUCCAGGAGGCGACGUGCAUCCUCUAACACUGCAUUCGAUGAAUUACCUCACUCUUCUCGGCGAUUACGGUAGUAUCCUCUCAGAUAUUAUCUCCGACUGGCCUCCACCGGUGAAGUCGUCGCUACCUAAAUCUUACUUCGACAGUCCAGAUUCCGAUGAUACUCCGGCAUCGCCGAUGUCCGUUCGAUUCGCCUGGCUAAUUCUGGUUCUCCUAUGCAAGCUCGACGGAAGAGCGAAGCAUUACAAAGAUGUCUCUCACUCCUAUCUCUUCCUAGCCAAUAAUCUGCAAUACAUAAUAUCCAAAGUUCAGACGUCAAAUCUUCAGUAUAUACUCGGCGAAGAGUGGAUUACUAAGCAUGAAGCUAAAGUGAGACAAUUUGCAGCGAAUUGCGAGAGGUUAGCUUGGGGUCAAGUGUUCGCGUCAUUGCCGGAGAAUCCAUCGGCCUCCAUCUCGCCGGAGGAAGCCGGCAAAAUUUUCAAACUAUUUAAUUCCAGUUUCGAAGCAGCGCACAGAAAGCAGAGUUCUUGUUUCGUAUCGGACCCGAAACUCCGAGACGAGAUGAAGGUUUCUAUAGCAAGAAAACUAACGCCGGUUUAUCGCGAGUUUUAUAAUAAACAAAUGGUUACGGUGGAGGGACAAAGGAAUGUAAGACUAUUUGUCAGAUAUGCACCAGAAGAUAUAGAGAAUUACUUGCCGGAUUUGUUUUUUGGGACGUCGGAAACGUGGAGCUCACCGUCUUCUUCAACUACAUCGUCGUCCUCUUCUCAUCAGCGGCGAUCACGAUUAUCGAGUUGAUUUUCCUUUUAUUUGUUUGAAUUCCAAAGGGUAUACAUGAAAAAUUUUGAUGUAUAUAUUACUGAAAAUUAUUCGAUACAAACUCGCUUACAGAUAUAAGUACAGUGAUAAUCUUCUCC